AUGAACGUAUCUACCAUCACUAUACCAGCUUUACCUUCUCCACUAAGUCUCUGGACAACCGUACGUUCGGUUGGCGCACUCAACCUCGCUGGUUCAUUUGCUGCGCUGUGGGCUCUUGUCAAAGUCCUAGGGGUGGUUCGCUGGCGAUUCAAGACGACUCAACUCCGGGGUCCGCCUCGUACCAGCUUGGUAUACGGCGUUUCGCACGACCUCGGCUCAUCUCAUGAUGCCGGUACAAUGUAUGAACAUUGGGCGGAGGAAUAUGGGGUAGCCACAUUUUUUGCCCGAGAGACAUGGACCUAUGUGAAAACGCCCCUUGCGUUGGCACUCACAGAGGCAUCAAUCGGCAAAGGGCUACUAUGGUCUGAGGGUGAAACCCACAGAAGGCAGCGGAAGGCCCUUACGCCAGCUUUCAGCAAUGCAGCCAUUCGGAAACUCACAUCAGUGUUUUAUGACUCUGCAUACAAGGUCAAAGGUAAAUGGGACACCAUUAUAGAAUCGAGCAAAGACGGGAAUGCUAUCAUUGAAGUUCAAAACUGGAUGAAUCACGUCGCUUUGGAUACGAUUGGCAUCGCUGGUUUCUCCCAUGAUUUUGGCUCGCUCGAUGGAAAGCGCGCUAGCGUGACCGAGGCGUUUGAUACUUUCGGAAACAACUCACAGGCCUCAGCACUUAACCAAGCUUUUAUCCUGCUCGCAUCAGUGUUUCUUAUCAUUACCAAGAUCCCCACUAAGCGGACGAUGCCGUUCAAGAAACUUAGUACAACCAUGGAAGAAAUAUCGAACGAGUUGUUGGUUCGCAGUCGCCGGGAAAAGGAUGCGAAUAUGAGUGAGAGAGACGAGGAGAAGUCCAUCAUUGGAUUGUUGCUCAAAUCUGAAAGCCAGGAUGCCGAGCUCCAUAUGUCCGAAGAGGAAGUAGUGGCUCAGAUGAAGGUCUUGCUUCUCGCGGGUUAUGAGACGACAUCCAUCAGUCUUACGUGGGCGCUGAUCCACCUAUCACAACACCCCGACAUCCAAACGAGACUCAGAGAAGAACUGCUUGCGUUUGGUGCUGAUCCGACAUAUGACCAAUUAAAGGCCAAUCUCCCAUACUUGGAUGCAGUUGUCCAUGAAAUUCUACGACUCCAUCCUGCGGUACCCGAGUUUAUCCGUCUUGCAGCUGCAGACGACGUUAUUCCAUUGAGCGAACCUGUGCGCACCGCGUCCGGGAAAAUGACGGACAGUAUAUCUAUAGCGAAGGGGACAAUUUUUACGAUAUCAGCCACGGCGAUCAAUCGCUCUGUGGCAGUCUGGGGACCUGACGCAAAAGAAUUCAAGCCUGAACGUUGGCUGGCUGAAGAGGGCAUCAGCGGGAAGGCCAAGGACGUCCAAGGUCACAGGCAUCUGCUGACAUUUAUCGACGGCCCAAGGACGUGUCUUGGAAAAGAUUUUGCAGUUGCGGAAUUCAAGACGGUUUUGUUGAUUCUGGUGAAGAAUUUCGUGUUUGAAAUGCGGGAUGGACCGGAUACGAAGGUCGAGGUUGGGAGGGGGAUUUUACCUCGUCCGCGGGUUGUUGGAGAGGAUGGUGUUGGAGUACCGCUGAAAGUUCGUCGGUAUGAGUGAUUGACUACGCAGGUUCGAAUAUUGCUAUGUUUUCCUCACUUAUUCGCCGCCGGGACUCUUAGAUGGUACAUUGUAUUCAGAUCAGAUGUGGUGCGCAUGCUUGGUAUCGUAAUAGUUCUGUCAUGUCAGACUGUAUGCCAUGAAGGGCUGGUAAUGUAAUUAAUGCUGAAUAAAUCAAUCGAGUCACCCG